UUUCUUAUACAAAUAUUUUUAUUUUAGUGUUACGGCGACUAAGAAAUGACACUGUUGCUAUUUGACGGGUCAACCAAAAGAUCUUCUAGUACAAUUAUCACAUAUACUACAUAUUUAGCGAUUUUUUUGGUUGUUGCUUCAACUAGUGUUUCCACGGAAAAUGUCACCUCGAAAGCUACUUCUACAACGCCAUCCGCUACACCAACUGAAAUUACCAUAGUUAACCGAAGGACUUCUACUAUCAGUAGUUCCGAUUAUUUGGCUUAUCAACAACAGAGUUAUGUUGAAAAACAUUUACCUGUAGAAGGUAACAGUCCCAAAAAACACCGAGAACUAGUUGAUAAACAAAGAGCUUUGGAGAAGACCAACAGACAGCGGAGACAAUCGUUUCGUAAGAAGGCCAACGGCAGAGAUCAAUCUCCAGGUCUAUUGACGUUAUCUUUCAUAUUAGUGCGCGAUAAUUUACUUGACUCUAUAUUGAAUAAAAAGCGCAGUCGGUAACGUGUUGUGACUCGGAUUUAAGUACUAUAGUUCCAUUCCGUUGCGCUGG